AUGAUGAAACGGUUCCUUGGUGCUUCAAGCCUAAAUGUGGCUAAAAGAUCAAUCCAUAAUUCGAGGUUAUUGAUGCGAGAUUUUGAAACUGUUCAUAUUGAUAAUACCAACAAUUAUAAAAAUUUACUUAUAGAAAAGGGCCAAUUUACUCCUAAGCAGGCAACAACUCUGGUCAAUAUAAUGUCUGAAGCGAUUAAGGGCGGUGUUGUUCAUGUUUCGAAAGAUUUGGCAAAAAGGGAGAGGUUGACUCAGUUAACAUACCAACAACAGGUGGAUUUUGCAAAAUUGAAAGAUCAAUUGUUAAGUGCUGACAGAAACGAAUUUCAUAAUAUUGAAAACGAAUAUGAACGAGUAAGGAAUGACCUUGAAAAAUUGAGAAGUAAACUUAAAGAAGAGAUUACCCGAGCCAACGCUGGAUUUAAAUUAGAUUUAUCUUUAGAGAAGGGGCGAAUAAGAGAAGAAAGUAGUCAUCAUGAUUUACAGAUUAAGGAAAUAGAUUCGAGGAUAGAUCAAGAAGUUGCAAACAUGAAAAUGCAAAUUGAUUCAGUAAAGACUCAAGUCAUGCAAUGGCUAUUUGGUGUUUGCACGGGUACGUUUGCCUCGCUAUUAGCUUACAUGAGAUUAGUGUCCUAA